AUGCCAGGAUACACAUUAGCAGUCAUCGGAUGCGGUACAAUGGGCGUAGCCAUCCUUUCGGGUGUGCUUGACUCGCAACGCUCCCAGCAAGCCCAAGCUGCCGCUUCAAUGGCAUCGUCCGUCUCCUCUUUGCACAAUUCUUCAGCAGGCGACGACCUCACCGAACUACCCAAUCGCUACAUCGCCACUGUCAACCGAGUUGAAUCGGUCCGUCGGCUUAAGAAGACCUUCGCUCAAUAUCCCGACAUCGAGAUCCACGCAGGCAAGAACGUCCAAGCAGCCCGUGAUGCCGACGUCAUCUUGCUCGGUUGCAAACCUCAAAUGGUCCAAGACAUUAUCACUGAAGAAGGAAUCAAAGAAGCGCUUGAUGGCAAACUCGUCAUUUCCAUCUGUGCCGGUCUUCGUAUCUCGCAGAUGACAGAAUGGGUCACUCCCAAGACAAAAGUCGUUCGAGCUAUGCCCAACACUCCGUGCAAGAUCAGGGAGGGAAUGACCAUCCUCACUCCUCUCUCGCCCAACCUGCCCAAUGCUAAGCUCGACCGCAGCAUCUUGCUUUCUAUCUUCAGCGCAGUGGGCAAAAGCAGGUUUUUGGACGAGAAGCAUUUCGAUGCAUGCACUGCGCUGGCCGGAUCGGGUCCAGCUUUCGCAUGCGUGUUCUUGGAAGCAAUGGCAGAUGGAGGUGUAAUGAUGGGUUUGCCGAGAACAGAAGCGUUGGAGCUGGCAGCGCAGACAAUGCAGGGAGCUGCAAGGAUGGUUAUGCAGAGUGGAAUGCAUCCUGCUGCUAUCAAGGAUUCGGUCACUACUCCUGGUGGAUGCACGAUUGCUGGUCUGCUCAACUUGGAGGAUGGCAAGGUUCGAAGCACGGUGGCGAGAACGAUCCAGGCUGCUGCUGAACAUGCUAGUGGUCUUGGGCAGACGGAGAAAUGA